AUGGUCUCUGUCAAUCACUCGCUCUUCACAUCCGAUCUCCUGAUGGCGCACCUUCGAAGACAAGACACAUUCAACGACUCUGACUACGUGUCGUGUCCGGUGGGAGGCGAGUGGUGGAAGUGUGAAGAUGUGAACUAUCCGACUUUUAUCGGAUGCUGUUCAAGCAAUCCCUGCUCUGGACAAAUGUGCUCUCCGGCCAACUUGUCUCCUAUGGGCUUUGGUGCUGUCACGACUCCUGUCCCGGACUAUCCUAACCACAGCUGCCCAUAUGGUGGACUUUGGUAUACUUGCGCCGACAAUUCUGUUCCCUUUCAGGGCUGCUGCGACAGUAACCCGUGCAAUGGCCAAGGAUGCCCUGCCUCGGAUCUACGACCUGCUGGUGUCCAUACAGUGGUCGUCGCUGGAAGUUCGACCUUCACGGUUCCCGCCACCGUUGCAACGACAAGUUCAGCCUCGGUCUCAUCCGCACCCGCUACGACGACAUCGAGUACGGCGAGGGCACAGCCAGCCUCGAAAUCAGUGGACACUGCCGCGAUAGCUGGUGGCGCCGUUGCCGCCGCGGUGAGUCUGACAAUCAUCAUCGGGCUUGCGGUGUUUUGCCUCAUACGGCGGAGAAGAAUGAAGCGGUCACUGCAAGAAUCCGCUCAGCUUGGGCGAGAACCCCUAGAAUACAAAUCUUUCUACAAGGAUCCUUUCGGUGCUGUCAUGACACCGCUUCCUCGAUACUCAGGAAGUGCCUCCACUACUCAAGGUCCUUUCUCGCCCGCACCGGCUUAUUACUCGCCCCGAGCGCCGAGGUUCCAGGACGACGGAGAGCCUCAAGAGAUCAUGGGACUCGGCCUGACGCCAGAUGAAUUCAAUCGACGUCAUGCAUCGAGAUCUCCUGUCAACCACAACAUCGAUGGUCCUGUUGAGCUUGCCACAUACCGGUUCUCCGCUAACCCUCCCGAUGCCGAGGCUCGAAGCCCCCUUUUGGAGACACAGCCAAAAGUCAACCCCACCGACAGACUGGCGACAGACGGAGAGUUGGAUUCACGAUCGCGACUGCGCAGUCGUCCAGCAGUGGCUGACUUGCGUGGAAAAGUGUCGCGGAGUCCUUCGAGAGGCCCUGCCAGAGGUCUCGAUUCUGACGACUGA